AUGAAAUUUAAUUUAUCAAUAAUAUUUUUAUGUUUUGUAAUAAUAACAUUUUAUAUAAAUAGUAGUUCAGCUCAGGGUAUAUCAUUUCAAGGUAGCUCUGCAGGAGGUAAACCUGGAAAUGUAACGAAAUAUAGAUCAGAUCCAAGUUGGAAAUAUAUAAUGACAACUAGAGCCAAAGCCAGAUACGAUUGGACUUGGUGCAGAUUACACGUUAGAGAUGAGCUAACAAACUAUACAGGAUACGCUGAUUUUCAUCCAAGAGUAGAUGAAUUUACAACUUUAAGAGUUCCACUAGCUGGAUAUGGAAUUUUAUUUAAUCCACAUGCAACCAUUUGGAUAGAAUUUUUUGCAAACAUUUCAGUUACAAACGAUGUGUAUAGAUAUGAGAACCAGACUUUUCCUUGUCCUACAACACCCGCAAGCAACACUACCAAUACAUCGAUUCCAACGCCACCGGCAGGAGCAUGCAAUGCAUCGCAACCGACAUUCACAGUGCCCGUUGCAAUCUACAGUAAUUUCACAACAUUCUCGAAUAUGUCACUACCUCCCAAGCGUGUUUACUAUGAGAAGCCGAAUGGCAACGGCAAUCCAAUACAGUACAUGGUGAAUACAUUCACUGUGGUGGCAACGGUGGAUCUCGGAACGUUGAUAGAGGUGCAGUGGGACGGUGAUCGUGAUACCUCGAUUUGUAAGCAGUGUCCGUUUUGUCUGCAGAAUCAGUGUGCUGUGCAGCGAUCGACAAUGUUGUGCGAUGGCGAUACCUACGAUGUCAACGAGGUCGACACCAACCAGAAGGGAUGUACACUCAAGAUUUUCCUGGCGUGGAAAGGAACUGACAGUCAAAAGAAACCAUGUAUCAGCAUUGCAAAGGCACCAUCCAACUUUUCGAAAUAUUCAUUCUACUCGAUUUCACAAAUGGGUCUUGGACUUGUCAAUGAUUUCUUACAACGUGUCAUUGGUAAUACCAACAAUCCAAAUACAGCUUAA